AAGAAGGACAAAAGGGUCUCAUAUGAUCCAACAUGGAAAUAAGUCGUGUGGCAACUAAAUUUGGUCUUUGGGGAUGUGAAAAAAUUCAGAAAAGUAAUCAGUAGGUAUGCAAUUGAGAGAGGUUGUCAACUAGAUAAGAUCUAUAAUGAUCAAAAAAGAGUUAGAGUUAAAUGCAAAGCUGGUGGAUGUCCUUGGCUACUUUAUGCUAGCAAAGACUUUAAAUUUCCCAAUUUCAUUAUAAGAACCUACAAUCCAAGACACAAGUGUUGUAUGACCAACACCAAUACAAUGUGCAACUAUAAGUAUUUGGCUAAGUACAAUAGAAAUAGGAUUAUUUCUCAACCUUGCAUAAAGGGGUGGGAAAUAGUAGAUUUGGUCAGGGAAGCUAUGGGGCUAUAUGUUGGUAAGUUUGUGUGCUUGAAGGCCAGGAAAAUGGUGUUGAAAAAGGUAAUGGGUGAUCAUAUUGCUGAGUUUAGUAGAAUCUAUGACUACAGCGAUGUGAUUCUUGAAUCAAAUCCAGGAAGCACUUGUGUGGUAAAGGUGACAGAUUGUGAUGAUGGAAAAAAACUCUUCCACUCUUUCUAUGUUUGCUUUUCAACUUUGAAAAAAGGAUUUAUUGAGGGUUGUAGAAAGUGUAUUGGCUUAGAUGGUUGCUUCUUGAAGGGGAUAUCUUAGGGCCAAUUACUUGUUGCUAUUGCAAAGGAUGGGAAUAAUUAGAUAUUCCCAAUAGCUUAGGCUGUAGUUGGAACUAAAAGUGUAGAUACUUGGACUUGGUUUCUGAGGAUCUUGAAAUCUGAUUUGGACAUCAAUGAUGAAGGAGCAGGAUUAACGAUCAUAAGUGACAUGCAAAAGGGAUUAUAUUCAGCUAUUCAAGAGUUACUUCCAGAAUGUGAACAAAGAAUGUGUGCAAGGCAUAUACUUGCAAGAUGGUCACAACAUUGGAAGGGUAUUGAAAGAAGAAAAAUGUUUUGGGAUUGUGCCAUAUCAACAUUUGAAGCUCAACUUAGGAGGAACUUGGACAAAUUAGCACUGUUAGGUGAAGGUAUUUCUAACAGCUUAGCAACCUUAAAUCAUGAAAGAUGGUCCAAAGCAAUGUUCAAGACAACUUCAAAAUGUGACAGUGUGGAUAACAAUAUGGCUGAAAGCUUCAAUGCUUGGGUGCUAGGCACAAGACUAUCAUCAGUAUGCUUGAAGAAAUUAGGACAAAGGUAAUGAAUAGGUUUACCAAGGUAGUAGCAUUUGCGGAUAGCUGGACCUAUGACAUAUCCUCAAUGGCAAUAUCAGUAUUAAAUACAAAUGUGGAGAUGUCAAUGAGGGUGGAAAUUAAGUGGAAUGGUGAUAUUGGAUAUGAAGUGAAGGAUGGUCGAUAUAAACAUGUGGUUAACCUAAUUAAGGGAACUUGUACUUGCAGAAUUUGGGCACUAAAAGGGAUUCUUUGUGUACAUGCAAUAGCAAUCAUGCAUCACGAUGAAGCCAAUCCCCUUGAUGCAGUUUCUACAUGGUACAGAAAAGAGACCUACUUGAGAGCUUAUGGAAAUUUCUUACAACCAAUAACGAAUAUGGAGAUGUGGCCUGAGACAUCAAAUCCAAAAGUUGAGCCACCUCCAAUUAGGAAAAUGCCCAGAAGGCCUUCGAAAAAGAA